UUGGGGGGAAAGAAUAUCUGAUAAAGAAAAUGGUCACCCAUUAAUGAGCAGUGCCUGAUGGAUGACUUGGUUUCUUGCCCAUGUGCUAACUGGACCUCUUUCUUUUUUGCAGCAGCACAUAUAGAUGAGAUGGUUGGGGAAAACCAGGGGUUCUCUGUGGAAAAAGACAAGAAUGAUGUUUCUGAAGGAAAUGUUGAGGACACAGACCGAUCCCCAAGGCAGGAGGGAAGCCAUGCAGACAAGACAGCAGAUAAGCCUGUUCUGUCCCAAGGAGGAUGCUUUUGUGGAAGUCCAGUCCAAGAAGUAAGAUCAACCGAAACAGGAACGAAUGAAUGUCUUCAUGCUAACCAGAGAAUCUUCUCCAGGGAAAACAAAAAUGAAAAUUUGGCAUUUGAAAAUACCUUCAGUAAGAAUAUCACUCUAAUUUCUGAGGCUCAAAUUCCCUUAGGAGAAAAGUUGUAUGACGGCCUGAAGUGCGGAAAGACCUUCAAUGAGAAACCAGCCAUUUCAUCCCAUCAAACUCAGUCAGCAGGGGAUGAGCAGUGGAAUGAGAGUGAUGAGACAGUGCUAAAUAAAGUCAAGAACGAAGAUUUGGAAGGAAUCGUCAGGAAUCGAGAUGGGCCUAAUAAGCAGAAAGGAAGUCACAUGGCUGACAACAGGGAUAAACCUAUUUCAUAUCAAGAACUGGAUUUCAGUGAACUAAUGCAAACAGCUGAGGAAGCAUGUAAGUGCUUGGAAUGUGGGAUGACCUUCUCAGAUCAAAGCCAAUAUGAGAACUAUCUGCAAAUGCACACUGGAAAGAAGACCCAUCAAUGCUUGGAGUUUGGAAAGAAUUAUGUCCACAGAACAGAGAUACCUAGCCAUCAAAGAACAUAUAAAGGUGAGAAACCUUAUAGCUGCACAGACUGUGGCAGGAGCUUCUCAGGAAAAUCAGAUCUUUCUGAAAACCAUUGUUGGAUACGAUCAGGAGAAAAUCAAUUAAUACGCAUAGAGAGUGGAAAGGCCUUCUCUGAUAUAAGAAAGGUUAAUGUACAUCUUCCAAAGCACAGUAUAAUCAGAGCAUACAAUUGUUUUUGGUGUGGAAAGUUCUUCAGCUGCAGAUCAAAGCUCCUGUUGCACCAAAGAACUCACACAAAGGAGAGACCUUUUGAAUGCUUAGAGUGUGGAAAGAGAUUCAGUCGGAAUACCGGUCUUCAACAGCAUCGCAGAACUCACACAAAUGAGAGACCUUUUGAAUGCACAGAGUGUGGAAAGAGGUUCAUUGACAUUAGCAAUCUUCAAAAGCAUCAAAGAACACAUACAAAGGAGAGACCUUUUGAAUGCUUAGAGUGUGGAAAGAGAUUCAGUCAAAAUAGCACUCUUCGAACGCAUCAAAGAACACAUACAAAGGAGAGACCUUUUGAAUGCUCAGAGUGUGGAAAGAGAUUCAAUCAGAGUAGCCAUCUUCAAACACAUCAAAGAACUCACACAAAGGAGAGACCUUUUGAAUGCUUAGAGUGCGGAAAGAGAUUCACUCAUAAUACCACUCUUCAAAAUCAUCAAAGAAUUCACACAAAUGAGAGACCUUUUGAAUGCUCAGCGUGUGGAAAGAGAUUCCGUUGCAGCAGCAGUUUUCAAAUGCAUCAAAGCACACACACAAAAGAGAGACCUUUUGAAUGCUCAGAGUGUGGCAGGAGAUUCAGUCAGAAUGGCAAUCUUCAACUACAUCAAAGAACACACAGAAAGGAGAGACUUUUUGAAUGCUCAGAGUGUGGAAAGAGAUUCAGUCAUAGUAACAACUUUCAAAAUCAUCAAAGAACUCACACAAAUGAGAGACCUUUUGAAUGCUCAGAGUGUGGAAAGAGAUUCUGUCAGAGUGGCCAUCUUCAACGGCAUCAAAGAACGCACACAACUGAGAGACCUUUUGAAUGCUCAGAGUGUGGAAAGGGAUUCCGUCAUAAGAGCAAUCUUCAAGAGCAUAAAAAAACUCACACAAAGGAGAGACCUUUUGAAUGUUUAGAGUGUGGAAAGAGAUUCAGUCAGAGUAGAUAUCUUCAACGGCAUCACAGAACUCACACAAACGAGAGACCUUUUGAAUGCUCAGAGUGUGGAAAGAGAUUCAGUCAGAAUAGUACUCUUCAAAGGCAUCAAAGAACGCACACAAAGGAGAGACCUUUUGAAUGGUUUUUCUUAAAUCAGAAUGAAAGCGAGGACCUGGCUUCCGGUUUCCACCAGCCUGACCAGCCAGACAUUUGCUUAGGGUCCACUUUUAAUUAGUUUUAUCUCUGUUUCAAGCCCUAUUAUCUUUACUAAAGUUUAUGGUCCAGUGAAUCCGCUGCUUUCUCAGGGAUCUUGCUUGAAGCCUGACUCACACUCUUGAGAAUAUUUAUGUCUUCGGCAAACCCUGUGUGAUGGUACCACGCCUAUACUCCCCCUAAAGGACCUUCAAAGGACCCG